ACUCUUCAUUUCGUCGUCGAUUUAACUCGUGGAUGCAAGUGGCCCACGAUUCCUCUCAAAUUUAAUGGUUCUUUAAUAACUUACCAUUGAAAGGGAAAACUACUUGUGCGAGCAAAUUAGACUUUUGCCCAAGUCGUUGAGUCUUCCUCUUCAUUCUUCUGUUUUGUUUGCUUUCAUUUUCUGAAUCAUAUACACUCUGUGAAUAAUUCCUUGACUUGGGACGUUCAAUAAUCAUAAUACUUUAUUAAUUAUGUGGAAAUUCAGUUUAUUAUUGAGUAUUUUUCAUGUGUUAUCGGCGUCCGUACUAGCUGGGAGACAUCAUCAGAGUGCACAUCGGGAUUUUCGGGAUCGUUAUGGUCCAAUCGUGACUGCAGCAGCUUCGCAGCAUGUAAGCCAGGUCAUGGGGGGAUAUCAUUAUCCCGUCCCAGCCUCUACCAACGUCAAUCCUCAAAUCCAAGUGGCCCCGAAAACAGUCUCAGAGAUGAUGAUGAUGAUUACCACGGAAGUGCCCACAACAACAUCAGCUCCAGCCACAACUAUGCUGCCGAUAACGUCUAUGCGGCCAAAAGUGGUACAAGUUCCUGCGUCAAAGGUUACAAAAUCUUCACCCUCAGCGGUCCUUGCUCAGGCAUCGAUGUCCUCCGUGACGCAAGCCAGCGUGGGACAAGCCAGUUUGGAAACGAGUUCCGCAGAGGAGAACGCUCGCCAGCUGCACGUCCAUCACAGUCCCCAAGUACAAACGAUCGACGUGGCGUGUGGUCGGGAAAAAAUGACUGUUCGGGUAGCGUUCGAUCAGGAAUUUAACGGAGUAAUUUAUGCCAAAGGGCACUAUUCAGAUCCCAACUGCCGAUUCACUGCAGCCAAUCAAGGUCAAAAAGUUUACCAAUUUGAAAUGGUAGUGGGGCAAUGUGGCGUGGCAUAUAUUGAUUCUGGUCUUACGUCUGGUGGACAAGCGCACGUGGAGGGUAUGUUGGUCAUCAUCCUGGAACCAGGAGUUCAGGAAGCGUGGGAUGAAGCAAGGAGGAUUCGCUGUUUGUGGGAAGGAAACAUUGAUCAAACUGUGACGUACCCUCUUAGUCUCAAUAUGUUAGAAUCGCAAACCCUAACUUUCUCCGGAGAUACUGCAUCAGCCAAUUUAGAAAUCCAGUCUGGCCGAGGGCCCAGGGCCCCUUCCGUACAGGGGUUGGUUCGAGUCGGAGAGAUGUUAACUGCCGUCGUUACCGUUCAAGGAGAUCCAGAUUUCGAUUUACUCGUCAAAAACUGUGUGGCUACAGAUGGAACGCCCACAAAUCGGAUAAUACUUAGCGACAACCGAGGAUGUGCCGUGAAAACCAAGUUGAUGGGAGGAUGGAAGAAACAGAAAAAUUCGGGAAGUAUCUCUGCGUAUGCAUAUUUAAGCGCUUUUAAAUUCCCCGACAUCAUGGAUCUCUUCUUGGAAUGCACCGUAUCCUUGUGUAAAAGUACUUGUGAAGAGUGUCCUGAAUAUUUAGAGUUGCAUGUUCCAAACCAUGGUCACGACCACGAGGACGAGCUCCCAGCCCCCACUGCUGCUUCUGGUAGUCAGGAGCAGCCGAGCAAAAUUGAAGUGAGGACAGCGGCCAGGAUAACGAAGCGAAGUGCAGAGGAGCGUUUCAAUGACAGAUACAACGAAACCGUUUCCGCGGAGUCCCUACGGCUUCGAAAGGUCGUUCGUGUGGUGGGGCCAGACGAUCUCCCAGAACUGGCCUUCCGAGAUUCUUCUUCCGUCUACGGACAUGCCUGUGCCAAUGACUGCUUCUCAGCCUUUGGAAUCGUGGCAGCGGUCGGCACUACGUUUACCAUGAUGCUCACGUUAUUGGGAAUAUUCGGAAUCUUCCGUCGGCACCUCAGGAAUGAAAAAUGUUAAUUAAGUCCCUCGUCUCAUUAUGGACCUCCUAUUAUCUGCGGAGACUUCCGUUGACUGUUGAAUUUUGCAUAUUAUUUCGCAAACUUAUUUUUGAUAUUGUUGCUUUUACUUUUUACUGUUUCUCGAGUAAUCUUGUCGUUACGACCGAAAAAAAAAAUUAGUCACCUACUUGGUAAUUUGAUAAACUAUUAUAUUUCAAUACUGCAUUGUCACUAAAUUGUAUUUAUUAUGAAAAUUGUCUAACAUAGUGCGAUAUUUUUUUUUCUGGGAAAAUGUACAAUGUCAGUUAGUAUUAGUAGUGUGAGAAUAUGUGUGUAUAUAUAAGAAGUAACCCUGUUAAGAGUACCAUUAUAUGCUCUUUUCUCCUGUUGUCCCAGUUCCUAGAUCAAAUAAAUAAUGUUUAGUUUCGUGAAAACUCUUUUUUCUGAGACGACGUGUUACGAAUAAAGGAACAACAUGCUUCCUUUGAUGGUAACCACUCUAGAAUUGCAAUGAAAAGCAAACACAAAGAAGCCGAAUGUUAUGUUAAUAUGUCCAUUAUUUCCCAAUUGUUUCUACGAUGAAUUUUUCUCCUGGUCGUGCUUAUUUAUUUUGGUCGACGGCGAGGUCCUAAAAAUAAGUGAAUAAAAAUAAUACCCAUGA